UUCAUUUUUCCAUCUUUCUCCCGUUUCUCUGCUUUGCAAAUUUCACAUUUGCAACGGCUUGUGGUUUAUACGAAGUGAGCUUUUCAUAGCUCCCACACAUCGGCUGGAUAAUCGUUUGGCCGUUUGACAUUUGCCAGGCCGAAUCGCGUUUUUUUGACCUGCGUUGAACCUGUGACUAAUCAUCAUGAUACGGACGGGACACGAGGAGCUCGUGGAGGCAGCGGACUCUGCGCAGGCAUUUUGUGCAGCAACGGGACGGCCGGAUCGCGAAGUGCGCAUCUCGGAGUUGAGCAAAGACAACCUGGUCCUCAUCCGCGUCUCCGAGCGCGCCACGCAUGUGCUGAUGCGAGCGACCACCGUGACGAUUAUCGAACCGCUGUGGUGUCCGCUGCGUUUCGCGGAGAACGCCGUGGAAGCCUGCAAGAAGUUCCGCGCGGGCUACCCGCAGGAUCUGAAGGCGCACCUCGAGGGCGGGCGUCGCAAUCUGCACAGCGUGCAACUGAAUUUCCACUGUCCCUGCCCGGCCGAGUUCAACCAGGGCGCCCCGUGUGAUCUCGUUGAAUUCGACCCCUUCGGAACUGUAUUCAGCAACCACAUCCGCGACCAACAUCCCGCGUAUUAUGCCGCGAUGAGCGAGGCGCUGUGCCAUCGCUGGAAGAUGAUUACCGGCCAGAGACAUCGGGAGUUCAUCCGGGAUAAAAAGAACCGCAUCUUCCCGCAGUGGACCGGCGACGUGACGCGCCUCUGGCCCCGCCAAGUCAUCCCCGACAAAAUCGUCUUCCCCGCCGUCAUCAAAGGCAGUGCCGUGUACUACGUAUGCGGCGUCCCUCCGUGCGCGGGGCACGAGAGCGCGGGCCCGAUGGAUCUGCAUCUACAUCUGCUGGCGGCGCACCGGCGACUCUUCCGCAUGCCGACCAAAUUGUUCCACGGGUGCCCGGCGGAUGCACGGGACUGCAGCGUGGUGACCUGGGCCCCUGACCACCAGGUGGAGGUGCACGUCAAGGCGGUGCAUCCGCAGCUGCUGGGUCUGACCACUGACUACUUGGAGACGGCCAAACAGGAGCGAGCGCGGCUGGAGCGUCUGGCCGUGGAGACGGCCGAGUGCGUCGGUGAGUCGCUCAGCCGCGCCGUCGACACGGAGGACGCCGCCGAGAACGAGCCCUUCAUCUUCGACUACCACUGUCCCGUCCUGGGAUGCCGGGUGGAGCACCACCAGCGCGACUACAUUGUCUGGCACAUCGGCGCCGAUCACCGGGAUAAAUGGAAUAAUCCCGUCGCAACAGGCAGUCAAUCACUGAUCGUUGGUUAGUUUCUCGUCGGUGGGACGCAGCGUCUAAUUGCCGGGAGCCGGGAGGAUUCGUUUUGCAGCGGUCUGUCGCGUGGACGGGGGAAGUUUCUUAAAAUGGCGUCUUAACCUUUUAGAAAAACAAACGUGUUUUCCCUUUCGUGGAGACCGAUAAAAUUAAUUCGGUAAAUUCAGCACUUUUACUCGAUGGCUUACGUUACUACGUUAACCACUGGAACCGGAUUAGGCGUUUGCUUAACUGCACAUCUCACGACGAUGGAGUGCUACCGUGACCUUUUCCACGAAGCUAAUAUUGUAACGAGAGUAGUCGAAUGACCGCCUUGUUCACAGUGUUGUUGGUAUUCUGUACUGUUCACUGGUUGUUGUUCUCACCGCGUAACGGUGUGAUUCAUCCUUCUUUUCUCUACACUUUUGUCGGUUGAAUGUCUAACAGAAUGGA